AAUGCAGUGUAAUUGUUAUCACUAUAUUAUUAUUAUCAUAUUACUUAUCACACAUUGUUUAACAAACAACCUCUGUUCUAACGUUAUUAAAUAUAUUAGAUAAAGAAGUGCAUUUUUAAUGUACUACUUCACUCGACACCAUUGCAUGUAAGGAACCUGGCCAAUAUACGGUCACUAUUUAACGAGCUAGCUGUUGUCCCAGUUUAUCAAAGGUGUGAAGAUCCAGAAACUCAGGUAAGAUGGAGGGCUAUCAGUUGCACUCUGUGAGGUCGGCCUCCGUCAACGUGUUCAGCGUGUUGACCACUCUGGCCGUGUUCUUCAGCAUCGUGUACGUGGCGCUGUUCAAGUGGAGGCGUCGUCGUCUGGAGAAGCUGGCCUCACAGCUGCCGGGCCCGCCCGCCCUUCCUGUCAUCGGCAACGGCCUCGAGUUCUUGGGAGGUCCAGAAGAGGUGAUGGCGAAGAUACUCGCGCUAUGUAGCAGGUACGAGUCGCCAUUCCGCAUCUGGAUGGGUCCCAUCCUGCUCAUUAUGGUCAGUGAUCCGGACAACCUCCAGAUCGUGUUGAACAGUUCCAAGACAUUAGAGAAGGGCUCACUCUACAGGUUCUUCAGGGACGCUGCGGGAACAGGACUUUUCACAGCUCCUGUAGAUAAAUGGAAGCGGAACAGACGAGCGAUUACCCCAGCCUUCAACACUCGCUUGCUGGAGCAGUUUAUGCCAGUGUUCAACCAGCAGAACCGUUUGUUAGUGGCCAAGCUGGGCGAGAGGGUGGGCCAUGGGCUUUUCGACGUCUGGGACUACGUCAGUCCUGCUACUUUUGACAUUAUCUGUCAGACAGCUCUGGGGGUGGACGUCAAGGCUCAGGACAACCCGGAGUCUGACUUCGCACAAACCUUGUCGAGAGUAAUAGAUCUGGGCUUCAAGAGAAUUUAUAAAUUCUGGCUUCACCCCAACUUCAUCUUCAAUAGAAUGAGUUACGGAAAGGAGCUUCGACAAGCCUACAAGCAGUUGCAUGCUCUGCCCAAUGCGGUUAUUCAACAGAAGAAGGAAGAAUUUCGAAAGAAAAAGGAAGCAGCCUUGAAGAGUCCUCAACAAAUAGAAAACCCAGAUGAUAAAGGCAAGAAAGGAUUGAAAGUGUUCCUGGAUAUUCUGCUGGAACUGAAUGACGGAGGAAACACAUUCACAGACGAUGACUUGAGGGAUGAAGUUGUUACAAUGAUGGUGGGGGGAAGCGAGACCAGCGCGAUGACUGACUGUUUCUGUCUUCUAAUGCUGGCAAUGCACGAGGAUAUCCAAGAUAAAGUAUUUGAAGAAGUAUACAACAUUUUUGGGAACUCUGGCAGAGAGGUCACAAUGGAAGAUCUGGACCAGAUGGUGUACCUCGAGAUGGUUUUGAAAGAAACUCUUCGCAUGUUCCCUAUUGCACCAGUUUUUCUUCGACAAGUCAAAGAGGACAUUGAACUGACAAAUUAUAUUCUGCCUGCUGGGUGCAAUUUGGGCAUUGUCCCCAUAGCAACUCACAUGAACCCUACCCUUUACACUGACCCUAAGAGGUUCAACCCUGAACGUUUUAGCCCAGAGAAUCUCAGCAUGAGGCACCGUUACAGCUUCAUCUCCUUCAGUGGUGGACCAAGGGGAUGUAUAGGUUUAAAAUUCGCAAUGUUGUCCAUGAAGACAACCAUCUCCACAAUACUGAGGAACUACAAACUAUCCACAUCUGUCAAAAUGGAGGACAUCAAACUGAAAUUUGAAUUUUUGAUGAAGAGUGUUGAUGGUUUCAGACUGAGACUGGAGCCGAGACAAUACUCAUAACAAAGAAUCCUCUGUAUACAUUUAGUCCUACAAGAGUCUGAUGACAGAUUUAGAUUGUACUGUAUAUUGUAAAAUAUUUUAGUUUUAAUAAUAGGUAAAUUAUUUCAUAUUUACUAUAUUUGUAAUUUUGUAUUUCAUAAUUUCAAGGAUGGACAAUAAAUUCAUAUUUUGGAGUGUCAUCUAGAUGAAACUGAAACUUUUAGUAAAUAAUAUAUCAAAGUAUUAAAACAUUACAAUUCAAAAUUUAAUUUUUGGUUUCCAACAGAAGUUUUUUGAAAAUACUCUAAGGUAAUAAUAUUUAUUUGUAAUCUGAUAAUAAUAACUGUAGUUUUAAAACCAUUAUGUAUGUUAUCUUAUGCCAUAAUGUGUGUAAAUAACACAUUAAGAUAUUUAAAAGCUUAGCUUUUUUUAAAUUUAAUUAUAA